GAGACCUCCUGAGCUGCCCCUUUCUCCUCCCAACACCAACAGCAUCUACUCGAGACCCGAGAGUACCACGAGACAGUCACUACGACAAAACAAUCCACGCUCGCUUUCUGCAGGCAAAUAGGCCAGUCCUCUUAACAACUCCCUGCUCAACCUUAUCGUCUUUCUCCACCCACAUUGAACCAAUUACGAAAAUGAAGACCACCCUCGCAGCCCUCGCAACCCUCCUCUCCCUCACCUCCGCCGUAACCAUCACCCUACCCUCCGGCGUCUCCAUCCCCUCGGGCAUCACCCUCCCGUCAGGCGUGACCGUGGUCACUGCCGGUGCCUCCGCUACCGCCGCCGCCGACGGUAGUGGUGGUGGGGGUGACAGUGGUGGUGGUGCGAGAAGACGCCAGAACCUUGGUGGCGGCCUGGGAUCGUUCUCUCUGAACCUGGCCCAGACCCGUACAAACUCCGGUGGUGCGCAGCAGACGGCUGGGGCUGGGGGCCAGGCUAAUGCGAAUGCGGCGAAUGUGAAUGCUGCCGGUGCCGGUGGUGCGGGUGCGAAUACUUGAACUUGA